AUGUUCUUGCCUUUUGUUUUCUUUUUCUUUUCUUCUUUCUUUUCUUCUUCUUUCUUUUUCUUUUCUUACUUCUUCCAUGUUCUUGCCUUUUGUUUUCUUUUUCUUUUCUUCUUUCCUUCUUUCUUUUCUUCUUCUAUCUUUUUCUUUUCUUACUUCUUCCAUGGUCUUGCCUUUUGUUUUCUUUUUCUUUUCUUCUUUCCUUCUUUCUUUUCUUCUUUCUUUUUCUUUUCUUACUUCUUCCCUCUUUUUGCCAGUUGUUUUCUUCUUUCCUUACUUCUUUCUCACCCUAUCCUUAUUUCUUGCUCUUUCCUUCUUUUUUCUCCUCCUUUUUUCUUUCUUUAUCCUUCUUCUUAUUUUUCCUCUUUUUUCCUUCUUUCUUACUCUUUCCUUCAUGCUUGUUCUUUCUUUCUUCCUUCCUUCCUUCCUUCUUGUUUUUUUAAUCUUUUUCUUUCUUUCUUAUUCUUUCCUUCAUUCUUGUUCAUUCCUUCUUUCUUUCCUUUAUCCUUCCUUUUUUCUCUUUUUUCCUUCUUUCUUUUUCCUUCCUUACUUACUUGUUUCUUUCUUGAUCUCUUUUUACUUCUUUCCUUCUUUCUUAAUCCUGGAUUUCAUACGAUGGCACAAAGGCUCUUCUUGGGAAGUAUGAUUUUUUUCAUGAACAGCAGAUCAAUAUCCAAGGUAUUAUUCUCUAUAUCAAGUGUACAAAUGAAAUAUAACCCCAACAAAAAAUGUAGGCUGAUGUUGCAAUUCAAGACAAAGGGCAGCCAGGUAUAUAAAUAA